UAAGAGUUGUAAUUAGGCAGCGGGCGGCCAUGUUGGAGCAGCGGAGGCGGCGCAGAGGCGCGUCUUGGGUCCCCGCGGCGGCGCCGGUGCCAAGCGCUGGUUUGUGGAUACCCAGGCAGAUCUGCAGUGCCUAAUGCCAUGAGUGUGGUGGUUCAGCAUGUGGAGGAAAAAGCUGUGCACUCCUGGUCGCGCAUCUCCACGGCUGGGAAGAAGGCCCUGGAAGAGGCGCUGCUUGUCUUUAACCCCAUGAGCCAGGAUCUCAGUGCCACAGAGGCCCAGCUUGUGGCCUUCCUGCAGGGCCUGCGGGAUGAUGGCUUCCAACCUACCAUCCUGCGCAGUGGUGAUGUCUAUGGCUAUAGUUCAUGCACAGCUAAUCCCCCAAGCCAGACGAAACUGCAAGCUCGUGCCCCUAACCCAACUGCCACAUCACCUCCAGCCAGUGGUCCCCGAACUGCCAUGCGGUUGCCCGCAGGUCGGGCCACACUGCUUCCCAUGCCACUAUCUGGUAGGCUGGCUAAAGCGUCCACACCAGCCCUUGCCAAGCAUGCUACCACCAACCUGCUGCUGAGCUCUCUGAAGCAAUCAAGUGCCAGCCAUGCCCGGGGCGCAGCAGUGGGCUUCCCCACCCACCUUUAUCCAGGUGUCUACCCUGCCAUGCGGCUCUCUGUUGUCCUUGAGGCCCUGGUUCCACUCAAGACUACAAUGCCCUGCUUGGGUGCCAAGCACAAGGCACAGUCACUGCAUCUCUCACUUGCAGACUCUCCUCUGAAACUGCGGAAAAGUUCAGGGAAGGGUCCAGGGAACCCCCGGCCCAAAGCUCCCAGAAAAACCACAAGCAAGGGCUCCAAGUGUCUGACUCGCAAAGGCCCUGGGGCUGGACCCCGACGAGGCUCUGGGCACCAGAGCAAAACCAACAGAGCCACUGGGUCCCCCAGUGUCCAGUGAAUGAAAGGGGGCUCUGCCCUGGGCACCAAAGCAGCCCAGGCCAAGGUAGCUCGAACACUGGCCAAAGCUGCUCGUUCCCAAGCCAGGGUGGCUCGAACACAGGCCAAGGCUGCUAAGGCCCGGGCCAAGGCCACAGCGGCCCGGGCCAAGGCCAAGGCAGCCCGGGUCAAGGCCAAGGCAGCCCGGGUCAAGGCCAAGGCCAAAGCCAAGGCAGCACGGGUCAAGGCCAAGGCCAAAGUCAUGGCAGCACGGGCCAAGGCCAAGACUAAAGCCAAGGCAGUACGGGCCAAGGCCAAGGUGGCUCGGACCCAGCCCAGGGGCAGGGGCAGGCCAAAGGGGUCUGCUAAGACCAGAACUACAAGGAAGGGCCAGAAAUACCGCCCUGAGACUGUUGGGCAGAAGAGGAAAAGGGCUGAGGAGGCAAAAGAUCUUCCUCCCAAGAAGAGAACACGGCUUGGGCCCCGAUCUCCUAAGGCAUGGCUAGGGCCUGGAACAGCAAAGCUGCUCAAGUUCCGUGCCAUAAAGGUCGAUAGGCGGUCCUCCGAUGAUGAGGUGCGGCAGCGGGCUCAGCGGAUUCUCCGCGUGAACCUGUCACCUGAGAUACGGCUCCAGCCAUUGCUGCCACAUUCAGCAGUCUGAUUCCUUCACACGGCAAUGUUUGGGGAAACUGAGCCCAGCUGUCUGUGUGGCCAGUGGUACAGUGUGCUAUGCCCGUGGACUCCACAAUCCUGAGGACUCCGGGUACCUCUCUAGGGCCCUUGUGACCACCAGCCUCCUUUCAGAAACUGGAGGGGGUGGGUUAGGGUGGGGUGGGUGGGUGGGAGGGGUGUUUUCAUGGCGCGAUGCACUGUGACUUGCUAUUCAAGUUGUAUG